UUAUUCAACCCGGAACUGUGAAUGUGAUCAAUUAGAACUCUCCGAAAACUUUGAACGAAAUGUAACAGCCGAACGUUCGAAAAGAAUCAAAUCACGGUUGCCGUUUCGCGCGAAUAAAGCGCAAAUGUUUAUCCGCUCCACAACUCCGUGAUCUCGUAGAGUGUGAUAUCUUUUCCUGCUUUCCAACAGGGUUGUAGCUGUUCAUAUCUCAACAUGCCGCAGCAAAAGGAUAUAGUAAAGAUUGCCAUUCAGAUGCCGGGCGCAUACCCGCAGCUCAUUCAACUGGACCAGAAAAAGCCUCUCACUGCUGUCAUAAAAGAGGUUUGUGACAAGUGGAAUCUUCCAGGUCCUGACAACUAUGCUCUGCAGUAUGCAGAUGGGAUCCAGACAUACAUCACUGAAUCUAACCGCCUAGACAUCAAAAAUGGCAGCAUCCUGCGUUUAACCAAAGCCCCAGGCCGUUGUGCUGAAGAUCUGUAUAAAGGCAUUCAGAGUUCAGACUCCGGCGUGCGCUGUGACUCUUUGAAGCUGCUGGCCGAUGUUUCCACCGACAUCACGUUCGCUCAAGAGUUUAUCAGCCGUGAUGGACACUCCCUGCUCGUCAAGAUAGUAGAGGACGCUCAUGAGGCUCCUCUGAUAAUGACACACACUCUUACUGCUUUCAUGGAGCUCAUGGAUCAUGGCAUUGUGUCCUGGGAGAAUCUGUCCAGUGUCUUUAUCAAAAAGAUUGCCAAUUUUGUGAAUGCAAAGGUUCUGGACACAUCUAUCCAGCAGGUGUCGCUGGCUAUCCUGGAGAGUAUGGUGCUCAGCAGCAGUAGUCUGUUUAAUGAGGUCAAACAGGAAAUCACCCUGGAGAGACUCAUUUCCCAUCUGCAGGUAACAAACCAGCAGCUGCAGACUAAGGCCAUGGCUCUGCUGAUGGCGAUGCUGCUGGCUGGUGCAGAGUCAGACAGACAGGAGCUCUUUGAAUUUCUUGAGAAGAGGAACCUGCGCCAGUAUAUUCACAAGAACAUCAUCCACAGCUCUAGUUCAGUUGGAGAUGAGAUGGCCCACUACCUGUAUGUGCUGCAGACGGUCCGUCUGAACCACCUGGAGGCCCGUAUGAGGACCCCUCUUGACUCCUACAGCCAGGAUCAGAGGGAUAUGCUUCACGGGCUCAGACAGGCUGCGUUUGAGACUGAAAGCGAGAGCGGUCUGAGUAACGAACGUAGACGUUCCCUCUGCGCUAAAGAGUUUAAGAAACUCGGCUUCUCUAAUAACAGUAAUCCUGGUCAGGAUCUGAGCCGGUGUCCUCCGGGUCUCCUGGCGUUGGACACCAUGGCGUAUUUUGCCUCUCGUUACCCUGACGCUUACAGCAGGUUUGUGCUGGAGAACAGCAGCAGAGAGGACAAACACGAGUGUCCAUUUGCCCGCAGCAGCAUUCAGCUCACUCUCAUCUUGUGUGAGAUCUUGCGCAUCGGAGAACCCCCAUCUGAGACUGGUUCGGACUAUCAUCCAAUCUUCUUUGCUCAAGACCGACUGCUGGAGGAGCUUUUCUGCAUCUGCAUUCAGCUCCUCAACAAGACGUGGAAGGAGAUGAGAGCCACGCAGGAGGACUUUGAUAAGGUGAUGCAGGUCGUCCGGGAGCAGAUCACCAGGACUCUGUCCAGCAAACCCACAUCUCUGGAGCUGUUCAAGAAUAAGGUGAACGCACUGAACUACAGCGAGAUCCUCAAACUGAGACAGACGGAGAGACUCCACCAGGAGGAGACGCUCGCUCCACCUGUGCUUGAGCUGAAGGAACGUCUUAAGCCGGAGCUUCUGGAGCUCAUCCGACAGCAGAGACUGAACCGCCUGUGUCACGGAACGCUUUUCCGGAAGAUCAGCAGCCGAAGGAGACAAGACAAGCUGUGGUAUUGUCGGCUCUCUCCUAAUCACAAAGUCCUGCACUAUGGAGAUGUGGAAGAAGAGACAGAGAUGCCCUCCAUUGAGGCUCUUCAGGAAAAGAUUCCUGUCGCAGACAUCAAAAAUGUGGUGACUGGGAAAGAUUGUCCUCACAUGAAGGAGAACAAGGGAAAACAGACUAAGGAAGUGUUGGACUUGGCUUUCAGUAUCACAUAUGACGUUGAAGAGUACAGCUUGAAUUUCAUCGCCUCCUCCAGAACAGAUUUCUGUCUAUGGACAGACGGGCUCAACGUGCUUCUGGGAAAAGAGAUGAGCAGCGAGAGCAUGCGCAGCGAACUAGAGAUUCUCCUCUCUAUGGAAAUCAAACUUCGCCUCCUAGACCUGGAAAACGUCCCGAUCCCAGACACGGCACCGCCAAUCCCCAAACCACCCAGCAACUUCAACUUCUGCUACGACUUCAGCCAAGCCGAACAAUAACCAUAAGCAUGUGGUCGACAGCGGUUAUUACUGCAUUGCAAGGCCAGAAGACAACUGGAAAUGGCCACUCGGUGGCAGCAGAAAUGCAGGUUUCAGAUUGGGAGACAUUUGAUAGUAUUACAGGGCUUGAAAUGAGAGUGAGAGAGCACUUUGUGAUUGCAGAACGUGUUCGUUUGAAGUGCUGUGCUGUAAUAUAAAUGCCUGCAGUGAAAAAGACAGUAUAGCGUUGAGUGUUUUUAUUAGUUUAAAGGCCUGACGUAUUGUAUCAAAAGUGCCUUUUUUUGUCAAAACGCACACUUUUCGUGGUACUUUUCCCAUUUUUACUUAUUUAGCUUCUACCAAAAUUGUACUAAGAAGCAUUAAAUGUCAUCAAGCAGCUUAUUUGGGAGGGGAAAAAAGAUUCAAGUAUAUGUAACAUUUGUGAUUAAAAAAACGUCCUUAUUCAUUUCCUUCAUGAUGGUUUGAGACUCAAAAUGGUACUCAUCUGGUACGAUGUUUAAUGAUUAGUUCAGCCAAAAAUGAAAAUUCUGUCAUUAAUUACUAAGCCUCAUGUUGUUCCAAACCUGUAAGACCUUUGUUCAUCUUCAGAACACAAACGGUUACUCCACCCUAAAAUGAUUUUUUGUCAUUAAUUACUUACCCCGUAAAAGCUUAGUUCGUUUUCGGAACACACAUUAAGAUUUUUUUUGAUGUAUUCACUUCAAAAUGGCGCUAGGGUGUCGCAUUGUUGAAUACAGUUGAAUAAAGUCGUUGUUUUAUUUUCGUAUAAAAAAGUAUUCUCGUACCUUCGUAAAGUUACCGUUGAACCCCUGAUGUCACAUAAACUAUCUUACCGAUCUCCUUGCUACGUUUCUGGACGUUAAUCUUGUUUAUUACAUUUCUGUCUAUGGGAGGGUCAGAAUACAUAAAAAUAUCUUACUUUACGUGUUUGGAAAGACAUGGGGGUAAGUGAUUAACAAAAUUUUCAUUUUGGGGUGGAGUAACCCUUUAAGAUAUUUUUGAUGAAAUCCAAGAGCAAAGGGCUUACGGGUUUGGAACGACAUGAGGGUGAGUAAUUAAUGACAACAUUUUCAUAUUAGGUGCAGUUUGCUGGAUUAAAUAAGUGAUCGACAAAUUUGGUACUGAGGUGGGAUUAAACUCCAUAUGGAACAUGGUUUGGAGAUCUAAUGUUUUUUGAGUUAUUAGAGGAGUAGUUUGGCCAAGUGGUUUGGUGUGAUUUUUAUAAUUUCAAUUUACACUUGAUGUACAUAAUUUCACUUCAUUUUACUGUUGGUCCAACUACUUUUUUUGAUAUAGCCAGUUUCCCUUCAGUUCUAGCCGUGGAGGAUUUUACCUCGGUAUUUUGUAUGGAAGAUAAUCAUGUUUUGGCUAAACAUCUAAAUGUGCUUUUAUCGGUACAUAACAAGCACUUCAUAGUAAGUUGAUUUAUAAUGCAUACAGUGUGUCAAGAUCAAAUAUAUAUAUACUUAAAAUAUUCUAUGGUGCCAUUUUAAAAUGCAUUCAUGGAGAUGACAACUUUAAUGUGUGGAAAAAUAUGCACGAUUUCUAUAAACACUUGUGUAAUCCACUGAUUUUGUGUUCUCUUGUGGUUUUGACAAAUCUAAUAAUGACAUUGAUUUAGAAAAAAGAAAGAAAACAAUCCAUGUACUGUAUUUGCUGUUUUGUAUAUAGCUUUCCUUGUUAAACUGGUUUUGCGUAACAAUUUUGAUCAGUGAUGUGCGGCCACUUUACCAGCUGACAAUGGUAUGUGAUAUUAAUUCAAGAUUUGUUUAUCCUUUGUAUGGAAUUAAAGAAUGUAUAUUAUUAUAUACAUUGUAUAUUAUUA